AUGGCAUCUCCGGCCUCUCCAGGCCCGAUCCCGACACAUUGCGCCAUCGAGCCUGACCCUGUCAACUACGAAGAUCUCACGAGCUGGAUCGCCGCCGAGAAAGGCGUCACAUCCGUACCUGAGGCCCUGACAAAAGGGCAGCGCAAGGCUCUGGCAACGUCCAAGUUGCCGCCGCUGGAGGAACCUGUCAUCGGCGACACGGACUGGAUCAGCCUCCUCAUGAGAUACCGUGAUGCCCACAAGGACAAGCAGGGAAUCGCAUUCACAGAGGCCCCAUGCCCGUCGCCGCUGAACCCCGGAGCUCCUCCGCACUGGACCUGCUGCGUGACCAUCUCCGAGGCCCCAGGCUCCUCUUUCCCACCGGGGCCUAGGGGUGCUGGCGAGACCCAGACCCAGACGCUGCCGCCCCUCCCCUCCUUUCAGCGCAAGAAGGAUGCGAAGCAAUACGCGGCCAAGAUAGCCGUCACCUGGCUGAUGGAGCAAGGCCGGAUGCCCACCAAUGCCGUCGACGCGUGCUUCCCCAAGAUCAAACCCGCUGCAGCAGCGAAGCCUGCGCCUGCGCCUGUAAAGGCACGGCCGGCUCCCUCGCCCUCGCCGAGCACAUCAAGCUCCUCCCAGACUCGCGGCGAGAACUCGGCGGCCGCGCGCGUCGCACAGCUCUGCCACCAGCUCAACGUCCCCCUUCCACGCUACGUCGUCAUAGCCCACGACCGGGUCCCGGGCUGGUUCAGCGGCUAUGCGGACUUUGGCGGCGACAUGCGCAUCCCGCCGCAGAUCGGCAGGGUGGAGGACGUGUAUGGAAGGAAGGCGGCCAAGGAGCAGAUGGCGGAGCAGGUGCUGCAGUAUCUGCUCGAGGUCGAGGCCGAGAGAAAGCGGCUGGUCGAGACCGUCACGGAGAAGCUUAUUGAUGUUUGA